AUGGAAUCACUUAUGCAUCUUCCGCUUCAUUGGUGGUCAUUUCACCUGACUUCGCCUUCCACGUCUCUUCCAACUCGACAAUCCUUUCAAAAGCAGGCUGAUUGCCGCGCUUUGCUCUGUCUUAUUAUUGUUGAGUGUAUGGCCCGAGUCCCGGCCCGUUGUCUAGUCACCAUGAGUAAGAUUGAUGUCUGUGUUGAUUCCCAGCUCCGAUUGGCACUCGACCAGGCUUGUCUAGCCGUCGGUCUGUCACACGGACCCCGACUUCUAUCUCAUUCGUCUGUAGAUACACCUGUCCAAACGCUUCAGUUCAGCGAUAACACCAUCCCUGUGAUACCAAAUAUCACUUUGAAAUCUCGAGUGGAGCAUUUGCAG